GGAAAGGCCUCUGCCGAAGUGGGAUGAAGCCUGGAAAGACUUGGCCCAUCACCAUUCCUCUGUUCCAGGUACCCCACCCGACCUGCCCUACUUUGUGCGGCGCUCUCGGAUGCACAACAUCCCUGUCUACAAGGACAUCACACAUGGCAACCGCCAGAUGACUGUGAUCCGGAAGGUUGAGGGGGACAUUUGGGCCCUGCAAAAGGAUGUGGAAGAUUUUCUGAGCCCCCUGCUGGGGAAGGCACCUAUCACCCAGGUCAAUGAGGUGACAGGUACCCUGCGGGUCAAGGGCUACUUUGACCAGCAGCUCAAAGCCUGGCUCCUAGAGAAGGGCUUCUGAGGCCCAGCUGAGCAGCCUGCAUGACAGCGUCCCCCACAGACUGGAUUCCAGGGGAUCUCGAGGGAGAUUGGUGUUGGAGCAACCAGGAUCGGGGUACAGAAACUAGGGCUGAGAGCUUGGGCAGGGUAGAGGGCUGACGGGCUUCAGAGCAGGCUUGUUUGCAUAAAGGGGGAAAUGGGACCCUCUACACAGGUGCCAGCUCUGGGAGAAGGCUAGCUAACCAGAAACAGCUGAGCUAGUGGGCGUCAUUAGCUGUACCCCCUUGCCCCCGACUUUGAUCUGUUCCUGCUUUCCCUUCAUUGGAGCUCCUUGGGCUCACUUAUUCAAAUUCUGGAGGUUGUUAACUGCCCCUCUGGUGGAAGCAAUAGCUCAGCCACUUCAGGGGAGCAUAGCACAGGACAGGGCAUACUCCAUCCUUGGCCCUCAGAUCUUCACUGCUACAAACAUUCCCAAGCCCUUGCUCUAGGCCAGACCUGGCGUGGUGGAGGCUACGGAGAAUACAGAUAACCCAGACGUGCGUUCUGGAAGUGUUCAGUUCCAAGUGCAGUGCUGGGCACAGGGGCGCAGGGAUGCUCACAUUGGCCUCGGGGCUCAUUCUACCUAUGGAGAGGUAGAAGGCCCAGUCCCCUCUGCUUCACUCCAGACCAGAGUUGGGCCUAUCUGGGUUUCUAUCUCCAGGAAGCUAGGCGAUUAGCUUUAGCUGGUCUGCCCACAAGAGGAUGCUUGGGAGCCCCUAGCAGCCCAGCAUAGGGCCAUUCUUCCCAGGUUGCAGACCUGGUAUCCACUGGACAUCGGGUUUGCAAGCAGGAAGAUGCUGGUCUUUUGCCCUUGCCAUUUCAUCCCCCCCGCCAGCUAGUGAACUUUUACACUUGUCCCAUCCAUCACAAGGACCAAAAGGCCUGAGUUCCCAGCCCCACCCCAGCACUGGACUGGCUAAGUCAGGAUUCAGAGCCUGGCUCUCUUACUUGGUCUCUGACCUAAAGCAAGGUACUUAACUUUUGGGGGGCUCAGUUUCUUCAUAUGUAAUAUGGGUAUUUCUUCCUAAUAGCUUAAUGACAAUGUGGCCAAGGACAGUGCUGGCUUGUAUAAAUACUCCUGGAGCCAAUUCUCAAGUCUAAAGCCUGAGCAAGAAAAAGGAGUCUGGCCACUGAUCCUAUGACACCAGCUCCACCCAUCAUUAAUGCAAGUUUUUAUUAGGCUGUAUAUACAAUUUAAGCUAUUAAAAUUUGUACAAUAUUUACAAAUUAAAUAAUCAUCUGAAA